GACGACGUCAGUGACGUUAUAUUUUCGUUCACCUUACCGUAUCUGUAUUAAAAUUCAGUAUUUUCACCACAGUGCUACGUUGUGAAUGAUACACGGACAUAUCCAAAUGUUUAAAUAUGUGAAAAUGUGCAUAAACAGUGUAUAAGUUCGCGUAUUCAAUGGCAUCCGAUGUGAUACUACCAGCGCUAUUAUUAUGGCUGAUGCCGACCCUAAUGGCGGCAGGUGUAAUGAAGAGGCAGGCUGAUGACUUGGAAGACCAGAUACCACCGUGCCGGACCUACAUGAUGGAUGGCCUCCUUCACUUAGACUGCUCCAAUAGAGAGCUAAAAGAAUUACCUGAAGAAUUAGAUUAUAGUGCACAAGUAUUGCUGCUAUCGAAUAACAACUUCAGAACGUUUCCGUCACAACUGGAGAAUUUUUCCCGAGUGGAGACGCUCGACCUGUCACGGAACUACCUGAGUCAUACCAUUCCCAGCUAUUUACAAAACUGGGUCAAUUUACAAACUCUCAAUCUAUCAAACAACCUCUACGACACGUGGAACACUACUGGACAAAAGUAUUACCUAAAAAAUUUAGAUUUAUCAAAAAAUAAAAUUAAUGUUGUAGACGAAAAAGCGUUCACAACAAUGCCCUACUUAUAUUUCCUCGACUUAUCGGAGAACAGAAUUAACGAUUUGCCCGCCGGCGUAUUUUCCGAAGCGCACUACUUGGACAGUCUCAUUUUAUCCAGAAAUUACUUUUCCGACGUGCCCAGCUUCCAUUCUCCUUCCUUGAGAAGUUUACACAUGAGCAGCUGUCAAAUCGCAACAAUGAAUGUCGACUCUCUAGUCGGAAUGGACUCGCUCUUGGCAAUCGACUUGUCCAUGAACCAGCUUGAAGCGAUCCCGGACAAUCUCGCUUCGGACACGCUGCAGGAGCUAAAUUUAAGUUACAAUUCAAUAAAUAUGUUGACAGACAACAGCUUCUCGUCGUUACCGCACCUGGCGGUACUGGACCUGAGAGGAAAUGAGUUCAGAGAUGUAUGGGCGACUUCACACUUCUCUUCAAACCCGUUUUUGAGGGAAGUCUACGUGAAGGGGAAUCGAUGGAGCUGUGAAGGUUUCAGUGUGAACCUCCUGUUGACUUAUGAGUUUCUGACAAAGGAACCGUCUAAGAUAGUGGACAGAGAGUCCUUGAUUUGUUACUCGCCGUCAAAUGUUACACAGUUGAGCUGGCAACAGGCUUAUAUUCGGACGUGGCAUCCAGUGGAGUCAAGCACUCCUCCGUUCACAACUAUAGCAUUGAUGGUGGGAGUGAUCAUCGGGAUUGUGGUGACGUCGUGUGUAUGUCGAGGUCUAGUGACCAUCACGAGAUCAUCAGAGCCUGCAAGGCCACCGCCCGAGACUACAGUUCUGAAUCUCAACGGUACAGCUGCCCAGCCUCGGGCAGAAUCAGUAAUAUUACGAGUACCCUUGCGUGAGGAUCUCCCACCGAGCUACGACGAAGCGCUACUAAUGCCACGGUUGAACUCUUCCUUUCAUUCUUUGCCAGAUUUUGUUGACGAAGAAGAACCAAGAAACUAUCGCAGAUCGAGAUCUAUUGGGGAUCUGACAGAAACUAGGCCGAGAAUGGCAGAUAGACGAUCUUUACGGCGCCCUGUCGAUAUACGUAUCACAAUUGAUGAGUAGGCAAUACUUUAUUCAGUGAUUCUAUUUUAGAAUCUUGUUUUUAGGUUCUAAAGUAUAUAAAAAGGCAAUAAGUGAAAAAGUAUGGCACACACAGAUAAUCAAGCACUAUGAAUAUCUGUGUUUUAGCAUUAACCGAAUUGCGUUUUGUUGACGGC